UGAGAGCCAGAGGGUCUCCAGAACCUGCAGUCAGUUAAAUUAUGACCAAACAAAGAUGAAAACGGUCGACAGGUCGAUGUUUGUGUGAGUCUGAGCCGGAAAAAACGAAGCUGACGGAGGAGGAGGAGAGCAGGCGAGAGGCAUUCCUAGAGAUGGCGAGUUUACCGAAAGAACCCCUCGAGGAUCCAAAGAAGCAGAGCUUCUGGAUGCCGGGGAAUUAUGUGCGCACCGUACGCAGAACGGACCAGUCCUUCCAGGCCUGCAAUGACAUCAUGGCCUGCUUCAUGGAGAGAGCGAAGGUGGAGAAACAGUACGCCCAGCAGCUCAGCCAGUGGAGCAGCAAGUGGAAGUCCAUCAUGGAUUCCCGGCCUCUUUAUGGCUCCCUCAUGAGGGCGUGGCAGUGUUUCUUCACCUCCACCGAGCGUCUCUCAGCCCUCCACUCCUCCAUCUCGCAGUCGCUCGCCGCGGAGGAAGGAGAGCGGGUGAAGACGUGGCAGAAGGAGACCUUCCCCAAGAAACUCUUCUGUGGGUUCAAGGAGAGCUACGACAACAGAACCAGUUUCUCACGCGCACAGAAGCCCUGGUCCAAAAAGCUGAAGAAGCUGGAGAAGGUCCGUGUCGCGUACCACAAGUCCUGCCAGAGGGAGCUGGCGGCUCUGGAUAAGGAGAAGCAAGCAAACGAGAACCCUGAGCUGAGCGAGGAGAAGAAGCUGAAGCUGGCCGAGGCCAAGGAGAAAGCUGCGGAGGAAAAAGAAAAAGCUAGAGAGCGGUAUGAGAAGGUCCUGGAGGAUCUGACGUCCUACACGCCGCGCUACAUGGAGGAGAUGGAGGCCAUUUUUGAGCAGUCGCAGGAGGAGGAGAGGAAGAGGAUCAGCUUCCUGAAGCAAGUGUUCCUCUCCAUCCACAGACACCUGGACAUCACCAACAACGAGAGUGUGAAGGCGGUUUACAGCGAGCUCCACCAGACGUUGAUGUCCAUCGACGAGCAGGACGACCUGAAGUGGUGGAAGAACAACGAAGGUCCGGCCAUGCCGACUGACUGGCCAAAGAUUCAGGAAUGGGCCCCACCAGUGAAAAAGCUGAAGAGGAAAAAAAGAAACCAGAAAGGAAAAGAAAGUCGACCUGUGAUGAUUGGCGGUGUGAAGGUGAGAGCUCUGUAUGACUACGUGGGAGAGGAGGGUGAUGAGCUGUCCUUUAAAGCAGGUGAGAUCUUCCUGAAGGUGGAGGAGGAAGACGAUCAAGGAUGGUGCCGAGGCGUGCUGAGCGGGGGAAAGGAGGGCUUCUACCCGGCAAAUUUUGUUGAAGUUGUUGAGUGAUGGGGUUACUUUCUAAACCUUUUUUUUAAUGCUUUUAAAAGCAACACAUUUAUUAAUGUUUCUGUUGGAAGAUGUUCACAUGAGGAUCCACGACCAGCUGAUUUUAACGUCAACGCCUUAAUAUUUCUAUAUUUACUUUUGCAGUUUUUCACUUAUCCAAAUGUAGAGUGUUCUAAUUGAGCUGGAUGUGUACGUGUAUGAGUCUGUAUCUGCAUGUUGGUGUGCUUGAACAGAGAAAAUAUUUAUUUGCUGCCACCAUAUAUGAGUCACUGGGUGAUAAAGAUAGAGCUGACAAUGUGAACUAAGACGCAGGUUUACAGCGCUCUGUGCAUGCAGUGUGAAUGUUUACUUCUCAGCACACACAUGAUGUGAUCUUUAAUAAGUUCAAUUACACAAUAAGACCAUUGUUUUGCCUCUCAUCGUGUCUGUGUCCCUUUUAGAGACCAUCUAUAAAAUAAAAUAAAAUAAUUAA